GAAGAAUUACAUCCGAACGAGGAACGACUAACCCAAUUUGCACAUCAGCUGAAUGAACUUAUCAAUAACAUCACCAACGCGGGUGCCGAAGACGAGGUGUUAGGGAAUAAUUCAUUGUCGCUAGCAACAACUAGAAACACAACGGAGACGCCGUUGACCACUGGUUCGUCUGAUUCAAGCGGACGACGAGUGGCUGAGGAAGCACGUGACAUGGAUCAAGGCACGGCCAAACGAACCGAAGAUCUGGUUAUUGAAGCGUCGAAAUUCGAUAAAGCUUCAUCAAUGACAAUGACAUUCGUGGCUGCAACACGUCGGAAUGCUUCCGAAGAUGGUGCGACUGAUACGAGCUCAGAUAAGCCGGCGUUUGUUACAAUAGAUGCAAGUGAUGAGUCUGGCGCCACAAUGACGAUAAACUCAUUCGAAGUGGCCAAUGCACUGCAGCUGCAAAUCCCAGAAAAUCUCUUCAAACGUUACGAGAAAAUUGGUUUCUUUCUACCGGGCAUAUGCGCAGAUUUCGUACCGUCUGCUGUGGAUGAAUUCAACGCGAGUGCUUUCGAAGGUAUUGAAAUCGAGGGUCCAAUUGGAGUGAAUGUAACAGCGCUGGAGGCGGCCGGGGUUAAUUUGACAGAAUUAGCCGAGAAGCUUCGAAACGACGUUGAAGUUGAUGAGAUUCUAACGCGGACAAACCUCUCGACA